GACCUUUGAAUAACUAUAUAGUAUAUUAACAGUGCAUUUUUAUGCAUUAAAAUAAAACAAAAUUUCGUUUUCACUUUAUUUCAAUGAACGCCUUGAGACACAGUGGAUACCCUCAAGCAACUGCACAUAGUCAGACCUAUAUUUCACACGCCCUCGUAAUUUUAACCAGCAUUUAACACAACAUAUCAACAAUAAUUCCCACCAAGACAAUUAAUUUCCUCACAAGUCCGCAAAACUAAAUAAAAAAUCCAUCCAUAACAAAAGCUGAGACUUUAGUUGUUGAGUUGAGUGAAGGUGGAGGAGGAGAGGCCGUCUAGGACAACAUUAUCUUAUUAUAUUAGUGAAUUUUGACGCCUGGUGUGGCUCCACACCCACCCUGCACCACCCACACCACACACCCACCACCCACGCCCACACCCACGCCCACACACCCGGGAAAUAAGCUACCAGAGCGGUGAGAAGUGGGAGAAUAGUGUGAGGGGUGAGGAGAGUAUCAGCAGCAUCCCUCACACUCUGCCAAACAUCAUCUGAAUAUUAUUGCUCGUGAACUAUGUUUGGUGCAGCCUCAAGAUAAGUGGAAACCAUGGGGAAGAAGGUGAUAAUGGAUAUGGUCAUGUUAACUAGUGAGGGAUUAUGACCUUGGACCCCUCCAAUGCCACAUCCAUUGAGCACAGUGUCAGACAACAUAAAGCCAGGCGCUGUUCUGUCCUGGUGUGUGGGCUCUCUAAGCUGCUGCUAUGGAGGUUGCCCAUGUGCUGCAGCUGCUGGUGCUUGUGCUUCCCAGAAAUCAGGAUCGAUACAGAAAUCAUGCUAGUGUGAAGUGAUCAUCUUGAACCAUGUGAAAAUGGUAGAACCUCAACAGAAAAGGGUAAAGUUGCCCCCCUCUGGGGAUGACAGUGGGGGGCAGCUGCUACCGAGGAGGGACCUGGAGAUCAUCCACGCUCAGUUGAUCCGUAAGUGUCUGUGUUCCCUGCAGCUGCCCGACAUCCUCCAUACGUUAUCCGUUUGCAACGACUGUUUCUCUGUUCAUCCGGUGGCCCACAUGCUGCGGCUGCGAGAUGAGACACUUCUCUACAUCAGCAUGCUUACUUUGUUCUUUGAAGUCUCCCUACGACAACAGAGUCGAGGCGUGUUGUGUUCUCGCAUAAGUGAGGUAGUAGCAGCAGGGGCAGAUAAUGAAGGUGCAGUGUUAGAUAUACUGUUUGGCUUUGUGGCCUCAGAAGAUAAGUAUGUCAGUUAUUCUGCCUCGCGUGCAUUGUCUUCAUUGCUACUUAUGUUACGUGGCCGAGCAAGUGAACUGGUGCUAGAAAAGCUUGUGGAAAACCUGGCUGUUUCAGUAAACCUUAUAGAAGUUGGUCAUUCAAUUGAAGUGGUUAGAAGGGUUAUAGAGUGGAAGGACCUAGAUGAGCACCCUUUAGAAGGAACUGAAUCAGACUCUGGUCAACCCUUAGAAUGUGCGAAAAUUACUUUGACUCCUGCAGACACUCAAGGAGCAAAUGAAGUUAAAUAUGUUGCCACCAAGAAGCUUGACUGCAAGUGGUUCCUCUUGGUGGCAAGAUUAACACAGUUAGUGAAUGAGUUUACCAUGGAAAGAGAACAUGUUAUUGUAUCAUUUUUAACAUUGUGGGAGUCUCUGAUAUCAGUGAAAGCAAAUUUGUCAGUGACCGAUACAAAAGAAUUUUACUCAGGAUUAGAACGUCUUAUGACUCCGUUAACGCGACACACCCAUACUGUGGUGUGGCGUAAAGUGCUUGAUCUUUAUAAUGAGGUCUUGUGUUAUGGGAGUACGCUGGCCCUCCAGGACGUAUUAGCAGAGGAGCCCUGUAACUUGGCCCACCUCCUGAUCCGUGCUGUCAAGGAUCGUAGAUUCCUGGAGUGUGUGCCUUGUGGAGGGUCAGCGGGAAAUAGAUCUCAGUCAAAUCAGAGCCCCACACUGGAUAGCAGUGCUGGACCCAGCUCGGGAACAGCAAGUGGCAUGGACCAAGGUGACCGAACAAUACUACAUAAGGUGGUGUUGGUUGUAUUGAAAGCUAUAGCAGUUACUGUGAAGGAGACUCGGUGUGAUUCUUCCUCUGAGAAUUCCUCGCGGUCUGGUGGCUCUGGAUCGGAGGAUGUGGAUAUGGCCAUAAUUGAACGUAGCUUAAGAGAAGUUGUUCGCAAAGUAGAUGAUUUUGUGAAAUCUAAAUUGCCAUAUCACCCUGAGGCUCCUAUGGCAGAGUGGAUGGUGCGGCUCUUUGCCGAUCAAGAUGACUGGCUGGUUGAAUCUAUGGUGUGUGGCCUCGAUAUCUUCACUGGUCUAGGCAUACGGAUCAGACAACAACCAGAGCUUCAUGCCUGCGUCAACCCUCACACCACUUUUCUUGAGUUCCUUGAGACCAUCUACCUGGAACAUGAUGUGCUCCUUGACCUCUUAGUGUCUAAUGAGACCUCCUUCCUCCUCUACCUGCUUCGCUACCUCAAAUUUAUUCGCCGCAGCUGGCGCGAAUUUGCGUCUCACUGUGGCCGUCGACUGGAGGAGGUCAUGACUGUCCUCAUACGUCUCCGUUUUGCCAUUGAUCGUCUGGUAUCCAAAAACCUCUUUCCAUACAAUAUAAAUCCUGUUCUCAAACUGCUACAAAAGUGCGAGGAACUGUACGAGGUUGGGGAGCAUUAGUCCCUAGUUGAGGUUAAGGAGUACGUGUGUUAUUUUUAAUGUCAGGAUUUACUGCAUUUUGUAUGUGAGAAAAAUAGAUGGUGGUUUAUGAUUACAUCAGGGGUGUUUUCUUGACCCUGUGUUUUCCCUGCCACUUGUUGAGAGUAGCAGUAGUGGUUGGUGCGUGGUAUAUCCUUGACAAACUAUUAGUGGGUAUGUUAAACAAUUUUACUUACCAUAAUGUACCUGGAGAUCAGUGGAACUAUGUGCUUAAUUGUCAUUCAGAAAAUAAUUUUAACUUGGGUUGUCUACAUUACUGUUUUCUGUUUAUUCUGCAGAUUUGUCUUCCAUAUUCUGUAUGUCUAAGCCUGUUUCCACUCUUGCUAGUUACCAUAGUUGGUUGAUAAAUAUUUCCAUAAUGGAAAGAUCUAACUCAGUGACUAGAUUCAGGUGAUGGUUUGAGUCCUUACUUUACAAAAAUAUUAAUAUUCUGUGUAAUAGACAUCAUUCAUUUAGUAAAAAAUGCAAGCUGAUAGCCUAGGAAUCAUUAAAUUAAUAUUGUAGGAAACACUAAAUAAUUAUCUGCUCUAUUAAUUGGAUUUGAAACUUUGUGUGGUGUUUAAUUUUCUUUAAGCACUUUUUGAGUCUUUGAAAAUUGGUUAUAAUUAUUCAGACAUUUGAUGGUACCCCUUUUAUCAUAUUUAUUAGUGAUAAAAGAGUUGAGGGACAAAGAUUUAGUGUGAAUUUUUUUAGGACAUCUUGAGCUUACAAAUAAUUGCUGUCACAUUUUUCUUGCAUGCUGUACUUGUGUGCAUUUUCUUGCUGCAUACUAUACACACUUCAAAAAGAAAAGGACUAGUAGUUGUUGAUCAUUUAUUUUGUAUUAGACAUUGAACUGUGGCACUUAAGUAGAUCACCAAACUGUUGAGAUAGGGAGCUGUGUUUUAUGUGGUUUCAGGUAACACAUUUACAUUCCCUAGCAUAGGAAGUAACACCAAAAUAUAACUGUAAGGAGAGUGAAGACUAGUUUAGGUAAAGGAAAAUAGUCCAGUGAAGUGAGAAUGAGAUGCAGUAAUAUUUCUUUAAUUAUAUGUAUUUAAUUUAAUUUUUAAGUAAACCUCUUGCCAGUUAGUUUUUUGUUUUUAACCAGCUGUCUCCCACCAAGGUAGGGUGACCUAACAAAUAAGAAAAUACUUUCAGUGUCACUCUCAAUCAGUCUUGCCAGAAGCAUGCUGAUAUUACAGUUCAAAUACCCAUCCAAACUGCAACAUCCUUACUCCUCCUCUAGAGUGCAGGAGUUAAGUUUCCCUGAAUCCCUUCAUAAAUGUUACCUCGUACACACUCCAACAUUGUAAAAGCCACUUGUCUCUGCUCCUGUCUAACAUGCUUGCACAAGCCUGUUAGAUAUCCAUGCCCUUAGUAUUCAAAAAUCUUCCCUCCCUCCAACCCUUCCUAAGAUGACCCUUACCCCUCCUUCCCUCCACCACAGAUUUAUAUAACCCUCCUAGCCAUCAUCCUAUUAUUGCAAAAGAAACCCAUUUUUUUUUUAUUUUCUUCUCAUUUAUUUUAGAUUAGACAUUUUUUCUAGUUUGUAUAGAAAGUUAACUGCAUCUUUUCCACUUUAUUGAUAAUCAAAUCAAUGUGCAAAAUUUAAGUAAUGUUUAAAGUAUUACUGGUGGAUCUUUUAAACUUAUAAGCAUGAAAAGAUUGCUAACAGAUUAAAAUGUUUGGUUCUGCCUUUAUCAUGUAACCUCUUGUUUAUGAAGACCACACUUAAAAAGCCUAGAUUACUGUACCUGUUAACCAUUGUUCUGUUCAAGGCUGCUGGGGAAGAAUGUAUUAACUCGCCUGUUAACCAUGGCUCUCUCAGGCCAGAAGAACCUCUUAACUAUGGCUCUCUCAGGCCAGAAGAACCUCUUAACUAUGGCUCUCUCAGGCCAGAAGAACCUCUUAACUAUGGCUCUCUCAGGCCAGAAGAACCUCUUAACUAUGGCUCUCUCAGGCCAGAAGAACCUCUUAACUAUGGCUCUCUCAGGCCAGAAGAACC